ACCGAUAUAUUCAACCGCGUUGUUCUCCGCGGCCUCUCGCGCAGUCGGUUCCACGGCACGAACGUUCCGUUCGCGGUGCUUCCUGCUCGUCGCAAGCGAGCUCGCUUGUUGAUCCUUUUCUUCUCGCUGUUAUUGCUCGCCCACGGGAAAUUCUCGCGCGUCGUCAGGCCGAGAGUCGUCGCGAGCCGAGGAAGUAACCCGCGACGACACCGAAGUCGUCGCUCGUCCUGUUACUAGUAGGGGCUCCGGCCGUAUCGUACGCGCGUUGCUGUGACACCGUUAUCCCGUCCUUGAAGAGAUACCACCAGCUGCCUGCGUGAGGAACACACCUCGAGCCCCGAGUCGCAGAGUCGCAGUACGUUCACGUUCGUCUGCUUGCUUCCUGUCCACAUCGACGUGGAAGAUUCUUACCUGCUAUAUACGAGAGGGAGAGAGAAAGAGGGAGAGAGAGAGGGGGGGUGGGGGAGUUCGGUGCCACACGGCGCGGGGUAUACGUUGAAAACGAGCCCGCGACUUCGUACGGAGGACCCGGAGGAACUUGACCUUCUCGGAGCGAAAUCGAACUUCCUCGAUAAAGUCGCCUCGGCGGGAUAAGGAUUAUUUUUUUGGACAAUCUGCUUUAUCGGAGCAGCGCACAGCGCCCCGAGAAUGGGCGACGACGACCGAAUGAACAGUAUCCCGAAGUGGGUGAACCCGUGCGGCCUGUCCGGUGACUACUACGUCGACUCCGCCGUGGACGUGGUUCAAAUAGGAGACGCACAGCUCCUCUCGCAGAUAGAGACGCAGGCGAAAACGGCAUUGACGCACGCACGCAUUCUGCGCGAUGACUAUCUGCAGCAGAUCCUCUUGAGCGGCAACACCGACCGGAGGUUCAAUCCGACCUGGGAUGACAUCCGCUACGAUUGGCUACCUGGGCCGAAAGAAAUACCCAAGGUGCUGGGGGAGAAGCUAGACGAGGCGUAUCUCGAAACGCUGACCAUUGACGCUACCCUUCAAAACACUUACGAGUACCUGCAAAAAUUCGCAGUAGGCAUCGAGCAAAUAGUCUGGGAGCAACGAGAUACGGGGGGCCCCUUCAGCAAGCAUUUCGAGGACGUGGAGGACCAACUUCGAUCGAUCCUCUGCGAGGUGCAAGUCGGUUUAGUAGAGCGCGGCACACCACUGCCGAAAGACGUCUCGCGAUCUAUUAUGCCGCACGAGCAACGCUCCCUAUCCUCGGAGACCGAACAGAAACUGCGAGCGUUCAUCAUCUACCGGGAUUACGUGAACUUUCUGGAAUACAUACAACAAGUUUUUAUGUAUUUGAGAAAUAAAGCGUACACCUGAGGAUUCCAAGGCGAAAGUAGAAGAAGGGUUACCAGGCGACGACUCACCCAUUUUAGGACAGCGGCACAACCGCAACUCCCCCACGUCCUGCUGACUUGAGAUGGUUGAAGGAGGAGGGUGGCAAAAUGCGAAAGAGGAUCCUUCCGAUUAUAUUUUUUCUCGUCGGAUGGACGAUUUUCACAAGUCAUGCCCGUGGCAAGGAGGCCGAGCGAUUCGUGAUUGGCACCGACGACGACGGCGACGAUGAUCCGUCGAAUCGUCGUGGAAAAUGACGGAUGCACACAACGCGUCGUCGCGUUCGCCCUUGUCAAGCCACCACCGGUGAUAACUCCGCGACAGAGGUCACACGGCGGCCAUUGUCGAGUCUCUCAUCAUCCACCGUCCUCCUUCGACACUCUCCGAUAGAACGUCAACAAUUAAGGGUAAACAAACUCGCGUCGUUAUUAACCCACUCGCUUUCGCCUACAACUUGCGUUUAUUUAUAUACGUAGACUAGCAUCAGCAUCGGGCAUUAAUCGAUGAACAUUUUAGUCGGCCGAAACAAUCCGCCAGUCGAUAAUCGAAAUCAUCGUAUCGUGUAUGCAAUUCUGGCUAAUUCCAUCGAUUAACGGCUUCAUUGUUAUACACAGUCACGACUUAUUCGAUCCAAUCAAUUAACUUCAUUGAUGAUUGUUAUAUUAUUAUAUUAAUAUGUCGUGACUAUGCAUAACAAUUGAGUGUCACGAUCGAUUGCUUCAAUUCGAUUGAUUCUACAAUGACUAGUAAUUGAUAUAUAUAUAUAUCAUCAAUCGUGAGUAAAUAUACAUAUACAUGUAUAUAAUACACAUAUAUGAAAAUCGAUUAAUUUCGAUUAUUGUGACUAACGGAUGAUUUAACUCGACUGAAACUGCAAUCACGUUUAAUGUCCAACGCUGACUAUCAUGCCCACACACACACACACACAAGUAGCAUAUAGCAUGGCUUCGGUGCGACGAUGCGCCAUAACCGUAACUGCGAGCAUGCUUGACGAAUCUCGAUAUCGCGCGAAGACGAAAGCAACAGGUUCAGCAGCGCGCUCGAGUUUUCCGAACGAAAAAAUAAAGACGCGGGGACAUCGCGUUAUUUACACCCCGGGAACGCGACGGCCGUUGUUCUCGAUACGCCCCGCUCUCGGCGGGUCCUUCGAUCGCGGUUCGACGUGCUCUUUCCACCGGAGCGGCACGAGGCUUCUUAGCGAUACCUCUUUGUACGAGUAAGCCGAUCGCAAUGAGCAUUGUACGCAAGGAAGGGCCUGUGUAAGAUCGAGGCGAUCGCGUUGGAAACGGCAAUUACGGGCGAGAAGCGCUCUUGCCGAGAACAGCGUCCGAACUUCAGCGGGUGUCCGAUAUUAUUAUCGAUCUCACGACUUCACUUUCACACGUGACAUUUCGCUCGCGCCGCUGAAAUCCACGGUAGACAUUACCUUCGAUAAAACGACGACCGUCAGUUUCUUCGUCUUCGUCGCGCGUCGCGGAAAAUCACCCGAGUCGAAUCGUCCGACGCGGUCUCGCUCCCGGGCGAUACGUUGCACUCAAUGCGGCAAUGUUUCCGAACACUUGGUCGCAAAACUCGUAAUAUCCAACAUUGCGUAUUUCUUUUUGUUUGUUCUUUCUUGUGUGCCAAGUGCGUGAGGUAGAAUAUUGUAAUUAUGAGUUGAAGAGUGGACGAGUAGUAGUUAGCGAUAGAGAGGAAAGAAGUCAAUCGUAGCGUCGGUUGGGUUCCUAAUCAAACGCAGUAUUCACGCCGUAAUCCGGGCCACUCACGUGAUUUACGAAAGAUCGAGAAAAUCGCGCAUAUACGUGCGCGCAUGCUGUGCGCACUCAUACUCACAUAUAUACACGUACACACGCACACACAUGGAGAAUGUCGCGAACGACAUCUCGCUCUGAAGAGGUAUCUCUACGCGGAACAAUUCACACACUCCCCCCCACCCCUCAUCCCAUAAUCCUACAUAAUAAUUUAUUGACUCCGUAAUAUUAGUAUAUAUUUAUAUUUAUUCAGAUUAUUUAUUUUAUUUUUAUAAAGGUUUUACACACGUCCGAUUAAUUGUAUUUAAAGUUUCUAGUUGAGCUUAAAAGUGCCUAGCGUACGGAAGGACAUAUCUCUCUCUCUCUCUCUCUCUCACACUCUCUCUUUCCUUCUCUCUUUUUCUCUUUCACGUAGUUGAAAGUAUUAAUAUAAUAUUAUUACUACAAUAUAUCACUGGGUCGGAACGCGCGUCCGUCGCGCGCCGCUGCGCCCACGCAGAACAUGAAGACUCGAUACUAACUAGAAACUUUACGAGGCUCAUAAAUUUCGCAAUCCUGAUCGCUACUGCUCUGCACGCAACGACACGCCGCUAAUAUUGCGUUUUACUCGACACUGAUUUUUUUGAAUAAAUAUUCUUUUAUACGAUCCUGUUUUUUUUCUCUCUUUUUUUCUUUUUUUCUAGACAUAUCGACCUUUCGUUGUUUUCGAUCUAACGACUGCGCAAGACUGUUAAAGACUGUUGGCCGAAGGGGCACGUCGCGAGAUCCAUCCUCCCCCUCCCCCCCCCUCUGUUCGUCCUUUAAUCUAAGUUUAGUCAUAAUUCUAUUCGUGACGUUGCGUUGCAAUCGCGCCGUACAUAUUUUUAUAUACACACAUAACACACACACACCUACAAAGUAUAUAUUUUUAUACUGUAUCGUCGUAUGGAAAACACGACAAAUCGAAGAAUAUAUAUAUAUAUAUUUUCGUGGCACACCUCCCCCC